CUCCUUCCCCGCCCGCCCCCGCCGCCUCUCCAGGCCUCGCCGUCCCUCGGGCCGCCCCUUGGGAACGGAGGAUGAUGAAGCUCAAGUCCAACCAGACGCGCACCUACGAUGGGGACGGCUACAAGAAACGGGCGGCCUGUCUGUGCUUCCGCAGCGAGAGCGAGGAGGAGGUGCUGCUGGUUAGCAGUAGUCGUCAUCCGGAUCGAUGGAUCGUCCCUGGGGGCGGCAUGGAGCCCGAGGAGGAGCCCAACGUGGCUGCUGUGCGAGAAGUCUGCGAAGAGGCUGGAGUGAAAGGGACGUUAGGAAGAUUGGUGGGAAUUUUUGAGAAUCGGGACAGGAAACACAGGACAUAUGUUUACGUACUGAUUGUCACAGAAGUGUUGGAAGACUGGGAGGACUCUGUCAAUAUUGGAAGGAAAAGGGAAUGGUUUAAGAUAGAAGAUGCCAUCAAAGUUCUGCAGUAUCACAAACCGGUGCAGGCCUCGUAUUUUGAAACCUUGAGGCAAGGCUGCUUGGCAAACAACGGCACUCCAGUCAUGACCACGACGUACUCUGAGGGCUCUGUGUCUGACAUCAGAUGACUGAGGACGUCCCUGUGAGAGAGAUUUUGAAAAACAGACUGAAACAUGGAUUCCCCCCCCCUCCCCUUUUUCACAUGCCUCCUCUAUCAAACAAGGCAUGGGCAGCAGCCUGUGGCAGAGCAAGUGUUAAGAGUGCUGCAAUUUAGUGCAAGGUGGGAUUUUUUUUUGUUGUUGUUGGCUUUUUUUUUUUCGUUGUUGUUGUUGUUUUUUGCUUUUUUUGGAUAUGUAUUUUGUAAGAUACAUUUUGUGCAUGAAGUGCCCCUUUCCCAUUACACCGCUUCCAUUGCCUGGCGAGCGAGGCUGCCCGUUUUGCCUCUGCCUUGUGUUCUGAAGUGUCCCAUUUGUGUCAUCCCAGCCAUAGCCACUUUUUUUUUUUUUAAUUAAAAGACUUCAAAUGUGA